GUCAUCACGUAAGUUCACGUUCUUUUUGAACGUGGCGGCGCUAAUCUGUUCAUCCUACUCGGUGGAUGUUAUUAUACAUUGUGAGAUGUAACACGCUGUAGCAUGAAGUAAGGAUUAGAUGUCACAUAAUCCUUCUUUUCCCCAAGUCUUAACUAAGCUGAGUGACAUGACAACUGCGGCUUGCAACAAAUGGAGAGGACUUUUCAGUGUAGGAGAAGAGCUGGAUGAUGAAGACUUGCUGGAAGCUGACUGGACACACACAUCAGAUUCUGGGUCAUCCUCAGUUCCUGCCUGUGCAUCCUUACAAGCAUCACAUGCAAUUUAUUCCCAUGAUGCACAGCAGAGCUCUGUUCCACCAUCAGCCAACUUUUCAAACACUAGUUCAGUGCCAGACUCUUCAGCACAACUCAAUCCUUCAGAAUCCGGACCUGUCAAAUGUUUAAGAAGCCUGGCCAACUCUUCAUCUGUCACACAGUCUGUUCCUCACACACACACUGCUUCUCUUCGAGCACCUUUUGGGGGCUCUAAUGCAAACUCAUCUCUGCAACAUCCCUCCAUUUCUCCACCUAUCCAGUCAAGCCCUCAUUCUGUCAUCUGCAAUGCUCGCAUGAAAGACAUUCCAGCUCAGGAUGACUUCGAUGACUGGGAUGUAGAUCUGGAGGAGUUGGAUGAGUGCGUUCCUCAGAAAGCUUCUGCUCCAGACACAGCAUUCGAAUCUGACAUUUCCCCAGCUAAACGGAUGAGAUCAUCAGCUGUUCUUAAAGAUGCACCUGUUUCAUCUUCUCUCAGAGGAUUCUGCAGCUCCACUCCGAAAUCCGCACCCCCGCAGUCCUUUAUACGUUCUUCUACUACGUUUACCCCACAAAACUACUCGCAACCGUCUGUACCUCCAACCUGCCGCUUCACCAGUCCGGUGACUCCUAGACCUGUGAGACCGACAUCUCAGUGGCAAAGAGGAGCCGUCACUCCUCAAGCAGAACAUCGCUCUCUCUUCCAGGCUGUAUCUCCUUCUCCGUUGACUCCACAAACACCCCGUCCCCUCCACAUGCCUGUCUUGACUAAUCACUUGGUCCAGCUGGUGUCUGCAGCGAGCAAGACGCCUCAGAAGCCGAGGAGUGACUCUGUUCGCCCAAAAACGCGCCGGUUUCCUGGUCCAGCGGGUGCUCUGCCGCAACAGAUCAGUGGACGGAGUCCGGAUGACAUAGUUGUGGCGGUCCCACAGACACCAGCACACGGAGCAGUGGCUCGGCUGCGCAGCGAGGUCCCAAGCUCUCAAAUAAACGACGAAGAGGAAUUCGGCGUUGGUCCGUGGGCAGCAAUGAAGGCUGAGAUGAGACUGGAUGAGAGAAACCCUUCCUGUUUCCUCCAUUCAUACAGCAUUGUCAUGGUGCUGCGGAAAGCAGCCUUAAGGCAAUUGUCUAAGAAUAAAGUUCCUCACAUGGCAGUGGUGUUAAAGAGCAUCUUACACACACAUGCUGAUGCCAAAGCAGUGUUCAGGGACCCUACGGGUGAGAUGCAAGGUACAGUUCACAGACGCUUGGUGGAGGACAGACAGGGGGAGCUGAAGACCGGCGCAGUGUUGCUGCUCAAACAAGUGGGUGUGUUCUCCCCCUCUAACAGGAAUCACUACCUGAACGUAACACCCAAUAACCUUCUUCGAAUCUACCCUCCUGACGGAGCAGUCCAUACCUCCUCCCAGCGUUCACAGCCUGCACUGGGACCUGCUGGAUUACUGCACUGUGAGUCCUCUAAGCUUGAGUCCUCUAAGCUUGUGUCUCAGAUGGAGCUGCAUUUUGAUGAUGAUGAUGAGGCUGAGCAGAGUAGCGUCGCAGUUAAACUUGCUCUCCCUGCUAACGGGGCGGUCCAGUCUACUACACAGCCUCACUGCUCAGAGGAUGCUCAGUGGGAUGCAGAUGAUCUUGAUGAGCUGCUUGGGGAGUUGCCUGUUGACUCGUACUGUGCCUGAUGCUGACAUCAUUACCCUAAAAAUCUACCACACCACAGCCCACACAGCAAGGCUGUGCUUUUUCAGUUUGUUUGUAUAGAAGCUGUUGUAAGAUAUGUACAUAAUAAUAAAAAAAAAAAGCUAGCUGUCGUCUAGACAAGACGAAGAAUAAAUG